GGAGGUAAGGGAGAAAGCAGCCUAUCGGUGGAUCGAUCUCCCGCUCUUCAGGUUUGAAUCUUCGCUUAAGGCUGCUUCGUUUUCCAAGUCAUCGUGGCGUGGACUUAGACCAAAUACCUUAAAGUCACGCUCCAAAUAAUGCUUUUGGAGGAAGGCGGUACUGGCUGGUGGUCAGGCCUUGUUUUUCUCACCCAAGAAAACUUGCGCCCCUCUUCCGCAGCCUGGUCCCGCCCAUUGCUAAGCAGCGAAGGGGGUGGGAAUUCUUCUCUUCACCAGCGUCCCCGCCAUCCCACUCUCCACGUUUGCAGUUUGGGGAAGCCGGGAUUUCAGCCGAAGUUGUUCUUGAACGUUCUCCUUGUUGGGCUCGCUCCUCGCAAUAGAUAUGCCGAGAAUGCCGCCAACCCGGAGACUGCGAUACCGCUGCUGCUCGCCCUUACUCCUUGCCUUACUAAUUAGUUGCGUAGCAUGCCAGGCUCCGCCGGUGCCGGCUGGGGAGGCCCAGUGGGAUGGAAAAGACGUGUUGAUCGAGCGCAAGUACGUGCCGGACAAAUGCCUGCGCACCGUUAUUUCCGGCGACUUCGUACGUUACCAUUACCAUGGUACUUUGUCAGACGGCAAGAAAUUCGAUUCCAGCUAUGACAGGGGCUCUACAUUCAAUGUGUUUGUGGGGAAAAAUCAGCUUAUUGCUGGAAUGGAGAAAGCUCUGCUUGGCAUGUGUGUAAAUGAAAGGCGACUUGUAAGGAUUCCAUCCCAUCUUGGAUAUGGAAAUGAUGGAGUUUUCAGUGUAAUUCCUGCAAAUUCAGUUCUGAAUUUUGAUAUCCUUCUGGUUGAUGUUUGGAAUUCUGAAGACCAAGUUGAAAUUCAGACUUAUUACAAGCCAGAAAAUUGUACAAGGACAAUUCAGGUGUCUGAUUUUGUAAGAUACCAUUAUAAUGGAACAUUUUUAGAUGGAACACUAUUUGAUUCAAGUCACAAUAGAAUGCGAACGUAUGACACUUAUGUAGGAAUUGGGUGGUUAAUCCCUGGAAUGGACAAAGGUCUUCUUGGAAUGUGUGUAGGAGAAAAGCGCAUAAUCACAGUACCACCUUUCUUGGCAUAUGGAGAAGAUGGAGAUGGAAAAGAAAUACCUGGUCAAGCUUCUCUUGUCUUUGAUGUAGCUCUUUUAGAUCUACACAAUCCUAAAGACAGGGUUAAUAUAGAAAAACUGUAUGUGCCAAAGUCCUGUGAACGUCAAACCCAAAUUGGGGACUUCCUCAGGUAUCACUAUAAUGGUACCCUUCUUGAUGGAACAGUGUUUGAUUCCAGUUACUCACAAAAUCGAACCUAUGACACCUACAUUGGCAAAGGUUAUGUGAUUGCUGGGAUAGAUGAAGGUUUGCUUGGAGCAUGUGUUGGAGAGAAAAGGAGAAUAAUAAUACCACCUCAUGUUGGGUAUGGAGAAGAGGGAAGAGGAAACAUUCCAGGAUCUGCUGUGUUGGUAUUUGAAGUUCAUGUGAUAGAUUUUCACAAUCCUUCGGAUUCAGUUGCUGUAACAACCUAUUACAAACCUACUAACUGUUCAGUGCUAAGCAAGAAAGGUGAUUACUUGAAGUAUCAUUACAAUGCUUCUCUCUUAGAUGGCACUUUAUUAGAUUCAACGGUUAGCCUUGGAAAAACUUAUAAUAUAGUUCUAGGUUCUGGACAAGUUGUAUUGGGAAUGGAUAUAGGUCUCAGAGAGAUGUGUGUAGGAGAAAAAAGAAGAGUUAUUAUUCCCCCUCACUUUGGUUAUGGAGAAGCUGGAGUUGAAGGAGAAGUUCCUGGAAGUGCUGUUUUACUGUUUGACAUCGAGCUGCUUGAUUUAGUGUCUGGCUUACCAGAAGGCUAUAUGUUUGUGUGGCAUGAUGAAGUAUUACCAAACCUCUUUGAAGAAAUAGACAAGGAUAACAAUGGAGAAAUUCUUCUAGAAGAAUUCAAUAAAUAUAUCUACGACCAAGUCAGUUCUGGUAAAGGAAAGCUAGCUCCUGGUUACAAUUCUGAAACAAUUGUGAAAAAUAUGUUCAACAAUCAGGACCGAAAUGGAGAUGGCAAGAUUACUUCUGAAGAAUUCAAACUGAAAGACCAGGAGCCACAGGGACAUGAUGAACUGUAAUUUAGUUGGAUUUUAAAAACUUUUAUGAGCUGAUGUUAGAAAUAAUCUGAAAUAUCUAUACAUAGUUAAAAAAAAGGAUGUGGAAAUGUAUAUGUCUUGAUGUUAAUUAAGAUACAGAAGAGUAUAAAAUUCAAUUUUUUUUUAAAAUUAAGACAUUUAUAUUAAAAAUGCAAGGUGCCUUAAAAUGCAUUUUAAAGGUUUUUAAAAAUAUAAUCCCACCAUAGUGACAUAUUCAGCUUUUUUUCAGAGAUGUGAAUUUUCUGGAAAAAAACUGAAAUGUUUUCAAAUGCAAAUUAAUAUGACUCACAUUUGUGUAUUUUUUCAAUAUUUAUAAUAUUUGGACUGCCUGAUUUGAGGUGAAAAAAAUGUCCUAAACUUGAACAUUAUUUCAGAAAUAAAACUAUGAGGUAAAACCUGACUCAGGUUAUCUGAGUUAAUGGGGCUUCAUCACUUUCUUGUCUUAGGAGGUUUCUGCAAAUGGUUUUUUAUUUGUUCAGGACAUUUUCUACAUUGCGGAUUCUUUGAUUUCAUGGCAUUUUUGGCACACUUGCCUGCAAUACUUGUGCUUGCCAAUUUUCUUAUUGUACUGUGUUGUAUCUUUUUAGAUUAGCUAUUGUGAUUUCUAGUUGAAGCAGGGAACAAGUAGAUCAAGGCUGUCUCCUGAGAGACCAGACAAAUAAGUGUACAACACAUGCGAAAUUGUUUACAUGGGAAGUAGGACAAUGGGAUCCUUGCUGCUCUUCAACCUUUGUUGCUUGCAGAUACUUCAUUACCUGACUAGGUAACAUCAUUAAUGUUGGAAGUGGGGGUUGCUCCUUGAUUAUAUGCAGUAGCUUGUCCUGCCAGUGUUAAUGGAGAUACAGGGCAAACUACAGUAUAUAAAUAGGGAGCAAAACUGUCCAUCCACAGACUAGUACUAAUGAUAUCUAGUUGGGUAAUGAAAUGUCCGCAAACAGCUCAGAGAGCACAAAAGACUCCACAAUUCAACCCACAAUUUUGAAGAUUUGAUAUAAAGUUACAAAUGUGAAUUAAAAUCAUGCCUUUCCCCCCGGUUUGUUAUUUUCUGGUGUUAUACUACACUAGAACAGUUAAUGGGAAUAAAUUCUGAAAAAAAUGAUAAAUUAUUUGGAAAUCUGUACUUUUAAAAAAUCCACAUUUGGUGCAUUAGCAUUAAAAGCUUACAGUUCCUUAAGAAUUGAAUUAGAUAUUACCGUGUUUUCCCCAAAAUAAGACCCUGUCUUAUAUUUUUUUUUUGAACACUGAAAUUAAGCGCUUGGCCUUAUUUUCAUGUGCUCAAAAGCCUGAUUGGGCUUAUUAUCAGGGGAUGUCUUAUUUUGGGGGAAACAGGGUAAUUAAUUUUUACUUCCCUUCCUCCUAAAUAAUGAAGUGUUAUCAUUUUAAAGUGAAUAUAGGCAGCCAGCAGCCUUAGCUUGUUUUGCACCCAGCCAUAGCUUUCUGGAAGUAUUCCCAUUCUGCUUGUGUUGUCAUCUCCAUAGCAAUAAUUAAAAUAGGGUUAUUAACAUUACUGUUUAGAUCAUGACUGUAUUAGCAAAUGCUUUGAGAGUCUUCUAUGUUUAAGUGUAGAAAAGAAUUAGAAUUCUUAAAGACUAAAGCUAUGGUGUUGGCUGCUCUAUUUUAACAAAAGGAAUAAUCUCAAGUUUUAGUGUGGAACAAAAUGGCAGCAGGGAAAUUAACAAAAUUUGCCAGUAAACUCAACAAAAUCUAGUGAAUAUAGGAUGGAUGUUAGCGAAGCUCUGCUUUUCCACUGCAAAGAAUGACCAAUGAUAUAAAUGUUGCAUAAGCCAUGCUUCUACUGUAUGAAGCUGUUGAUCAAUUGUUCAGCUUUGCAUUCAAUAUUUAAAAUGUGUGUUUGUCUUUUAUAUAUUUUAGGAAAAAAGAAAUAAAAAUGAAUUGUAAGAAUGUGCAUGAAGCUGCUAAUUGCAUCUGGGUAACUUAACAUGGUCAGUCCAUCUAACUCAAGUAUUUUGAAGUGAUUUUCAGUUCACUCUCAAAUACUGGCUUUGUCAGUAAAAUAUAUUAAAUCAAAUAAUAAACAAAAAGUAGGACAAAAAGUUACUAAAGAAGGGAACAUAACGCCUCUAUCAUGACAUUAGUAGAAAAUGUAUAAGUAUAUUCACCAAGAUGGUGGGAUGUAUAAUUGUAGAAAGGGGCUCAUUUUACAGCACUCCUUUUUAGUUUUAUAAGAAGUACAAUUGUAUGAGUUUUCUAUGAUAAUACCAUGUUCUGUCAAAUGCAAUGCAUUAUGGUAUUAAAUAAAAUGCUGACAAAUGACAAAUA